GUGAGUCUAAAGAGCGCACAACAGGAACAGCGUGUGUGCCCUCCUCACAGAACCUGGUUUAAUGUGCUGUGAUUACGUUCCCCCCGGCAGCACUCCUCUAAAACCCAGGCUGACCUCGCUGGAUACUGACACUAUUUCUUGUUUGCAGCAAAAUGGAUCAGCACUGCUGCCUCUGAAGGGAUAGAGCGAGGGCUGCUACAAGUUGGGACUCAUAUUGUGUUGCUGCGUAAUUGUUUUCGCAAGGUAUCCCAACUUUGGUCCUUUUUUUACGUUUCGCGAUGUACACUUCACAUCAUGUGGAUUAGAAAAGAAACAUGUGUAACGGGAAGGUGCACCAUGGAAACGAGGAAUAAUCACUUAUGAAGCCAAGAAUGUGAAGGGGACGCUACGGGACAACUGGGAAUCUAAAUCUCUGGACUGAGACCAGAGCGGUGAUUACGCAGUGCGCUUCGACCGUCCCGCUGCAGCCACACCGCCUCGACCCUGGACCUGGGUGAUCGCUGGCGCACUCCACUUGUUGAUUACUUCAACCAACACACAAACAAACUUUAUUUGAAAAAAAAAAAAUAAUAACAUCCGACCAGACAACUUCAAAUGAUCUACGAGUAUCAGAAAUAGCUUGAGGCUCGACAAGUUACAAUAUCUCUUUGAAUCAAGUUAAACCAGCAUUGUAACCAGCUGGAUCCCAAGUACAUGAGAGUGCGUUCUGAAUACUAGGUUACUUCCCUCUCCUUUUCUUCGUCUUUGUAAUUGUGAUUCCCGAAGUGGCUCCUAAGUGGUGUUGCGGCUCCUGUUCCCCGGCGGAUCCGGAGAUCGGGGUCUCUGCGUCUGGAAGCGACGCUGGAGCUCUGGCUGUCACACCGCAGAGCAGUCCGAAGAGCGCCCGCGUUAAGAGGAUGGUUCGGCUGGCGGCGGAACUCCUGCUGCUCCUGGGACUACUCCUCCUUACCUUGCACAUAACGGUGUCACGGAGCAGCCCUCUGCCGCAGGCGAAUGCAACGCUGAGGCUGGACCAGGGCGCUUUGCUGACAGAGAACAACAUCAAUGCAAAGAGCGUCUCCACCUCCGCCCACCUGGCCCCUGAGAACCGGAGGCCCGGCACGGAGCACCGCUCCGCCCGCCGGCCCUCCACCCUCCCCUGGACCCGGGGGUCCGGGGGCGGCCUGCAGCACGACGGCCCCGGGGCCUUCCUCCUGGACCUGCACAACUUCCCCGACCUCUCCAAGGCCGACAUCAACGGACAGAACCCCAACAUACAGGUGACCAUCGAGGUGGUGGACGGCCUGGAGAGCCAGGAGCCCGAGAAAGGCCUCCGCAAGGAGAGCAAGCCCGGCUGGCCCUCCCCCAACUGGAGGAACUGGUGGCCCCACACCUCCUCCUCCUCCUCCACCUCCCCGGAGGAGACCCCGCAAUCAGCCUCCAGCCUCCAUCCUCUCCACCUCCACCGUGCCGCUCUCCCCUCCUUCUGGUGGGGGUUGAAAGGCUGA